AUGCCCGUUUGUGAAUCAUGUACUUCAGGUAUAAACAAUAAAUCUCCUGGGUUGCAGUGUACAGGGGAUUGCCGAAAGUUUUACCACGGUAAAUGUGUAGAUAUUAAUAAACAAGAUCUCAAUAAAUUUCUUAUGCAUGGAGUGCACUGGAUAUGCCCAAGUUGUAGAGACGUGACAAAUAAUACAUCUAUUGUGAUUGGAACCGAAAGCAAUGAUACUGAUAUGGAAUCUGUACCUUCUUCAGUCACUUUGAUAUUGAAAGAUAUCCAAGAAAAUCUGCGAUCUCUCAAUAAGAAAUAUGAGGAUGUUAUGGACUCUGUCAAUUUCUGUAGCAAUCAAAUCAGCACUUUCGAAACCGCUAUGAAUAGAAUGAACGAGAAAAUAGCGUCACUGGAGAAAGUGAACCGAGAAAAUGUUAACUUGAAAAUAGAAGUAUCCCAACUACAUACCAAAGUGGAUCUCUUGGAACAGCAAACUCGAGCGAAUAACCUAGAAAUACAAGGUGUGCCCUUCAGAGAAAAUGAAAAUCUGUUGAGCAUUAUGUGUAAGAUUGGUGAACACGUCAAGUGUCCUAUUGCCGAGGCAGACAUAGACACCGUGUAUCGUGUUGCCCCCCAUCCCUCGUCUGCUCAACAGAUGAAACCCAUCAUAGUCAAACUAUUAAAUAAGCAUAAACGGGAUUCGAUUCUAGCUGCAACCAAAAGACUCAGGCGUGAAAGCAAUACUGCUGGUAUUGCUAUAGAAAAUAUAUCAAAGAAGUUAUUCAUAAAUGAACAUCUAACCAGUAAGAUAAAGUUGCUGCUCAAGAAUACCAAGGAAGCCGCCAAAAGCAAGAACUUCAAAUUUGUUUGGGUUAUCGGCCAAAGCAGUUCUGAUUAUGCUGUAGUCACAAUGGAAUAUUAUUUGUCUCGGGAUAGCAGCAAGGAAUGUCAGGAGUUCUUAGGACCAAUGAAAGAAUUUAUACUCUACAUACACGCUGCUAAAACUAGUGAUAUAUUUAAUAUUGGUAAAUUGAAGCCGUUCAGGCGCUUGCAACAAGAUGAGGCAUUACGUCUGCGAGUUGGAUUGUUCAACUCACCAAACGCCACACCAGACGACAUUGCCACUGCUGGAGAGAUGUUCAUUAUGUCUCUGUAUCCAGGGAAAACCUCGGAUGAUCUUGGAAAGAGAAGGUUCCAGAUGUAUGUGAAAAUCAAUUCUUGGCUCCCUGCCAACAAGAUAUUUGAUCUGGCCCAGCUGCCUCCAACAUCAUCGUCAAGUAGAGAGCACUCAUUACGAGUCUAUCUUCAGGUCCAGGAAUGGUUAGGAAAUCCUCUACCGCCCACUGAUUGGGGAUUCGAGGAGAACGAAGAGGGUCACUUACGCCCAGUGACCAACCGAAGUAAGCCGGCUCCAGACCGCCUUCUCGAAAUGGUAUCUUGUAACUGCACACAAGGUUGUGAAUCCAAAAAAUGUACGUGCAGAAGGCACAAGAUGGUGUGUUCGAACAUCUGCGGGUACUGCGCGGGGCAUGGAUGUAGUAAUACGUCAAGAGAAGAGGACGAGGACAACGUCGACCAUCCGGAAAAAGACCUCGAGCCGAUCGCGUGUACUGGUACGCCACCGAACAUCCAUAAUUGCUUCUCUUUCCUCUAUUUGAGGAUGUGUUAUUGUUUUAUUUAUAAUAAUUUUGUUUCAGAAACCGAUGUGGAACUCAGCCUCGCUUGA